UGUCAUAUGCCCGGAAACACCAAUAAAACUCUUACUUGCAACAGCACAACAGAUAUGUAAACAUAUUACUCUGUAAAACCCGUAGCAGAUAACAAAAAAAAAUCAGUAUUUAUCAAAAAGCAAACAGACAGACAAUAAUAAUGCAAUAGACAUUCUUAAGCGGUUUGUCGGGAUGAAGUAAAGUCGUGUUCAGAGUGGAACGAAUGACGCGGGACUGACGACAGCGCGACUAGAGGGAGGGUUGUGGGCAGCACACUGGAGGCAGUCGGUGAGCAAGGGAACUUUAUGUACAUAUAUAAAGAUGCCAGCAGGGGUCUCGUGGUUCCGUUAUUUAACCAUGCUGGGGACAAGCAUCCUAACAAUGUUUGCAGGAGCAGAAGUAGUGCACAGAUACUACAGACCGGAUCUGAGUAUACCAGAAAUUCCACCGAAGCCAGGUGAGCUUAAAACAGAACUUCUGGGAUUGAAAGAUGAAAUCCAGACUCAUAAUUCACAAAAACACUGAAAGAAGUGAAACAGAAGACGCGUCCCAUGUAAUAUAUUUGGCAGCCAGAGUCAUUUGCAGCCAUGAUUUUCUCUAAAACACUUUCAAAGAUGAUAGUCGCACCACACCCACUUUAUACAUUGAGGUUAAAGUGGAAAAUGGUAAUUUACUGAAUGUUCAACCUCAUGUUAGCAGAACCGUAACACUUAUUUACCAUUGAUUCUGACCAGUGACUUGUGUUAAAUGGAAUAUGUUUUGUACGAUGACAUUCUAAAAUUGAAAUUCUUGCAGUGAACAAAAAAGAUGUAAAAUCCUACUGAAAAAUAUUUAAAACGAUUCAAUCCAAACAACAGCACUCUGAAUUGAAUCUAAAUGUAAAGCUUUAUGUGGAUAUUAAAGUUCAUAAGCAGAUUUUAACUAGAAUGCAAAAGAGUAUUGAGGAAAAAUAUAUGGGAAAUGUACAAUGAUCUGCUGAAUAAGCGAGCUCGGUAUUCCGACUGCGCAUGCCCAGGUCAAAGGUCACUCUGCAUAAACAUUGCAGUGGAGCUGUGGACACAUUUCAUCCUUUUUUUUCCAGCUUUGAUUCUUCUAGGUAAGAAAAUACUGCUUUCAAACUAUGAAUUAGUUGUAUUUAUUGUUCCUUUGUUAAAAGCUAAGAUUAUAGACAAUAGACAAUAGGUGCAGGAGUAGGCCAUUCAGCCCUUCGAGCCAGCACCACCAUU